AUGGCAGCACUGUGCGAUGGCACCGUGACCCCAUAUUUCCCUGCUUACGUCAUCUUACUUCUGUUCGUCUCAUCUCAUUCCUUCUGUGAUAUUCCUCACCAACAACUCACUGAGUGA